AUGGCCGACGACUGCAGGCGACAGGGGUUUGAGCUUGAGAGAAGGAUAUUUGAGUUGGAUAUCAAGUGCGCCAGCCUCCGGACCGAAAAACAAGAUGACGACUAUUUACAGAAUGCCUCUGCCAUACUAGACAAGUUGAAAAGCUUUUACAGGCAAGGAGGGGAAAGCAGCAGUCUUCCCAAACUGCUUCAGGAUUACACACAGGUAAUCUUAGACAUCACAUUUUAUGAGGAGAAUAAGCUGGUGGACCAGGAAUUCCCUGAAGACUGUUCCCCAUUUAAAAUUCAACAAUUGCUACAGGACCUCACAGAGCCAGAGGUAUUGGCAGGGAGACUAGCACCUGCAAAAGAGGUGCAGGCUGUAUUGGGCUUGGAGCUGUUAGAAUGCCUUUAUUGGCGGCGUGGAGCUCUGCUCUACAUGUACUGCCACACCCUACACCAACGUAAACAGUGGAUCAAGAAGAACAAGGACACAUUCCUUAAGUGUAUUCAGGAGGGUGUGCGCUACCUGAUGCGGAUGCUGCAGGUGAGGAACUCUGUGAAACUCAACGAUGGGGUGGUGCUCCAUGACAGUGCCACAGCCAACUUCCUAUCUGAAGGCAUUUUUUCAGACACCCACCUGUUGACGAUGAUGUACAUAGGGGAGAUGUGCUUCUGGGCAGUGAAGUAUGAGGACUGCAGUGGUGAUACUAUGGAUCGCAAAGAGGACCGCCUCCAGUUCCGGGACAUUGGAACGCAGAUCCUCAACAAAUACGUGCUCGCAUGCGAAGGUCCUUUGCAGGGCCAGGGCUGGAACACAGAAAAUGCCAAGGAAAUCCUUAGUAUCUUACAGUGAAAUUGAGCUGCUUCCGUGUUGAAGUUGCCCUCAGACACAGAUCUAAGAUUAGUAUACGAGUCUAUAUUACUCCCAAAAUAAAACCGUAACUCUUAAGGUUUGGAUGUACUUUGUUGGAUAUAGAAAUUGUGAGAAAGGGAAGGUAUAGGAGAGUUAAAGUAGACCUUGGAUUGGUGUCUAUAGGCAACCUCAUCCUACGCCAAACAGCUCUGGCCAAAUGGGGAAUAUGAGAGGCUAGAGGUUGUCCUGUAUGUGGUGUGAAAUUGGCAGGGGUAGAGGAAGAGGUUAAAAUAUUUUUCUCCCUGAGAAGCACUUAUCUUCCAGAUUCCAGACUGUUGGUUGGGGCAUGUGUUUUGCUCUGAGAAUGUGGUUGAAUAAUAUUGAUUUUGUUAUAAAAAAAAAAAAAAAAAGAAAAGAGGAUUAUUAUGAAAAUAGUUUUUUGUUUGUUUGUUAUUAAAGAUCAUUUCGAGUAUAAUAACAAUCCAUCUGGUAAUGAGACAUUGCACACCAACAAUUUAUUUAUUUUUUAUUUGAUCUUUUUUUGCCUUUAUGUUAUGCUUUUUAAUAUAUUUUCUAAUUAAUUGUAUAUGUGUAUAUAUACACAUACGUAAAUACAUUGCAAAAGGUAAGGAAAAGAAUGCAAAAAGCGUUAAUUGAGACUGAAGUAUUGAAAACCAAUUGCAAGUAUGUACAGUUUUGUUUGAAAUAUUCGCUUUGUAAUGCGCCAAAUGUUUCUUUACAACUAGUAAGUCCCAUUUUCUUGUCACUCAGAUAACUUUGAUAGUAUGAGUACAAAGUGGAGAAUCUGUGUUGGUGUUUUUCUGAGAAAGAAAAAAAAAGUGUUUUUUUUUUAUGUUCACGUUGAAAAUAAAUAAUCGCU